AUGCGAGCCGCUGCUUUCACGAAUCCGUAUAUGGCUGGUCGGCCAGUAGCUCUGGGUCUCGCGAAGCUGCUGGUCCUGCUCAUCGCUCAAUUGCCCGCGAUCACCACCGCAUCUCCCACUGCGCUGCAUGGCAUUCGCGCGAAGCAUGAGGAUCUGGGAAAGGAUCCGGAAGAUCCGGCACUAUGGUUGUAUCUAGGCAUUUCGGUUGUUCUGGUUCUUGGGGGCGGGGCGUUUGCAGGAUUGACCAUUGCACUGAUGGGCCAGGACGAAAUUUACCUGCAAGUGAUAAAAUCCUCGGGCGAAGCUUCGGAGAGAAAAAACGCCGCCGCCGUACUGAGACUAUUGCAGAGAGGGAAACAUUGGGUUCUUGUGACGCUGCUGUUAAGCAAUGUCAUCACUAAUGAGACACUGCCUAUCGUGCUAGAUCGCUCACUCGGAGGCGGCUGGCCCGCAGUCGUGGGGAGUACUGUGUUAAUUGUCAUCUUCGGAGAAGUUGUUCCACAAUCUAUAUGUGUUCGCUACGGCCUACCAAUCGGGGCAUGGAUGGCACCGUUCGUCCUAGUUCUCAUGUACCUCAUGUCACCGGUGGCGUGGCCUGUUGCCAAACUCCUGGACAAGCUCUUGGGUGAAGACCAUGGCACGGUAUACAAGAAAGCUGGUUUGAAGACAUUGGUGACCCUGCACAAAACUAUAGGCGCUGCUGGUGAACAACUGAACUCAGACGAAGUUACUAUUAUCAGUGCCUGCUUGGAUUUGAAAGAGAAAUCCGUGGGAAAUAUCAUGACGCCAAUGGACGAUGUUUUUACCAUGUCUGCGGAUACUGUUCUGGACGAGGGAAUGAUGGAUCUAAUCCUAUCCCAAGGAUAUUCUCGCAUCCCUAUACAUACAACUGACAACGACCAGAACUUUGUAGGCAUGUUGCUCGUCAAGAUGCUGAUUACCUACGAUCCAGAAGACGGAAAGAUGGUUCGCGACUUCGCCCUUGCUACACUGCCCGAGACACGUCCAGAGACAAGUUGCUUAGAUAUCGUGAAUUUCUUCCAGGAAGGGAAGUCUCACAUGGUUCUGGUGUCUGACUAUCCCGGUGAAGACCACGGAGCUCUGGGGGUUGUCACCCUUGAAGAUGUCAUUGAAGAGCUGAUUGGAGAGGAGAUCAUUGACGAAUCCGACGUAUUUAUUGAUGUGCACAAGGCAAUCAGGCGCAUGACUCCUGCACCGAAGUCCAGGGUUCCGAAAGGUCGCAUUGUUGAAGAGCCCCCAGCCUUAUCAAAUGACCUAAUUGAUGACAGCACAACACCGGAUUUAUCGAAAGUUCAAAGCGCCAAUAGUGAACCUCGCAAACUUAGUUCCGGCUUAUUUCAGCCGCCCCUUGGUCCUCGAUUCACCCUGCGAAAUAAUCCAGACGCGCCAGAACAAUAUAUUGUCAAGCGGGGAACAGACGAGAUCCGAGAACAUCUAAAACAUUUAGGGCCUUCAAAUUUGGCUAGUAGACCUCGACAGACACGAUACCAAAAUGUCAAAAUUAAAGCUCCUGGAUCGUCCCCCAGUCGGUCAGGAAUGACAGACUCCGAAUCAACAAGGCUUUCUAACGAGCAGCACAGAUUGCCUUCGGAAGUUGCAAGUACGGGGAGUGCAAUAGGUUCCAAGCUGUUGAGUUCGCCCUCGUUCAGUGCCAAAGACGGCGUUCAAGCAGUAAUGCAAGGAUAUGGAACCAUUGAUGGAGCAGCACAUUCGAUGAUUAGACCGCUGGAUGACGAUCACGAACGGGCCAGGAGAGACAAUGAUGUCAUUGCCGAGUCCCAAUAUGAAAAUCAAACCAAUCUGUCCUUGCCUUACGAAACAACAAACCGGAGCCAUGCGAGCAGCGUCCAUUCCUUCCAGACCCGCUCUUCAGACGUACGACGAAAUGAAACUUUCAAACCUGGUCCCACAAGAAGUGGAAGUAUUACCGAACAAGUGAUCGAUCUCAAUGGGAUCCGAAAGGUCAUUCUUCAGACAACCAGCAGUUGCUCGUCAGAAAGUGAGCGAGGUACAAGCGGGUCACCCCAUGAGACACUGCACCAGAAAUCUCUUGAGUCGAACGAGCAUGUUGUUGAAUCCGAGCAGGACGAUGAGGAAACCGUCAGCACGUCGAAGAAGAAACGCCGUCGACGCAAGAAGAAGAAGAAGCAUGGUGACGAUCCUGAGAAUGCUCCUCUGUUACCGCGGUGA